AAACAGCGAAAAACGGAAGCCGUUUUGGUUGAUAAUGAAAAAGUAUUUAUUGCUUGGUUAAUUCUUCAAAAAAAUAGUAAGAAUAAAAAUUAUCAAAAUAGAGCAGGAAACGAUGUAACGCAACUUUGUUGGCAAAUAAAAAAAGAAAUAAAGCAAAUUGAGGAGGACAUGGCCAUUGCUUUUAAAGAAGAACUUUUACAAGAAAUAAAAAAAAUCGAAAAAGAAGAAUCCCGAACUUCGUUACGACAAAUCCAGCACGAAAUAUUUCUCAGC